ACUUUAUUGAUCAGGAAAAGCUCUCGUCCGGAAACAGUCCGCCCGCCAGAAAGUCCAUUAACGACCAAUCUUCAUAUACAACCGAAAAUCUUUGAUGAUACACUUUAUUAUUAUCCGCACAUACGGAUGUUUGGGUAUUCCGUAUAGAGAGCUAAAUUCUGAGAAAACGUGCAGGUGGGGUUAUUUCAUUACUUUGAAUAAAUUCCAGUGGAUAUGAAGUAAGAGUCCAGUUCUCUGAGCAUUACUUUCCCAUUGUGUUGAAUUUAAACACAUCUGGGUUUUUGUGUUCCGCGCUGAUGAGAUUGCAUCGGAAAGGAAUUAGAUGUCUUAUAAGAGAUCUGAUACAAUUGAAAUACUUUGAAGUAGGCGUUAAGGCGUACAUCAAUCUGUAAUUGUUCAUCGGGGGUACUGCAACGGACAUUUAAGCAUGUAGAGCAUUUUGAUGGUCUUUGUGAGCCCAGAAGACAUGACCCAAAGCGGCCUUUCACACUAUACUUUGGAAUCCUGUACUUUGCAGCUUAAUAAUUGGAAGCCGUUUUUACCGUCAGCAGAAUACCCAAAUUCGGUACCAGAAGCAGCAGUGGUGGCCUGUUCCGAUUCAUUGUCAAAGCAGAAGCCUAUUUAUCUGAAUGGAUUAAUGGAAAUGUUAGGUGCCAAGCCAGAAAAUCAGGUGCAUAUAGCCACUGGUGGCUCUGUAAAGAAACAAUGUUUAUCUGACAGAGGAUCUCGUAGGAAUCUUUGUGAUUUUCUUGAUAUGAACAAGCUGAGUUUGUUAGAGGAUGACAGCAAAAGCCCACAGAGCAAAUCUCUCAGGAUUGAAAAAACAAGUAAUAUUGAUAGGAUUUACCACCGAUCAAUACCUCCUAUAUCAUUCGCGCAUAUGGCUAGAAAGAGGAGGAGAAGAGGAUCCAGGUCUGGAUCGGGUAGGAGUAGUGAUAUAAGCAGGAACAGGAUCAAUGGGUCUGACCCACCAACAAGAGGUGCUUCUGCAACCUAUGCUACUUGCUCAGAUUUCCCCAUUGCUGGAACUGAUUCAAGUGGGGAGCUGUUUUACAAUGGAGAUUGCAAUUGGGGAUCUGACAUGAUUAUUCCCAUGAGUGAAGUAAGAAACCACACAAAAAGAGAAGGGAAGGAUGUCGGAGGAGAGCCCUUUUUCUCGUGGCAGGGUAUUGAUAUUCAGAGCAAUGAAUCUGGUUAUGGGAGUGAACCUGGCUAUAGAGGGGAUGCAGAAUUUGGGUAUGGUGAAGAUGGGGUAGGUGAUGAAUUGGAUGAGGAGGAAGAUGAUGGCCGGAUUACAUUUUGGGAUAAUUUAGUUGUAUGUGAUUCGGUACUGGGAAAUAUUCAGCAGUCAAAUUUUGACAUGUCUGAGGAUGAUGACCGAUCAGCUCUGGAAGAUCACAUGCAGCUGGUGUGUAAAAAUGCUUUACAAGAUCAGAAAUUGCAUCAUAGAUUCAGACGUAGAAGGCAGGAUUGUAGAAUGAUGGAGUCACAUGGUAACAGGGAUUCAUUUGCCACUCAAAAUAAUUAAUUGGGAAUUGUAGCAUACAUAAGCCUUUUUAGCGAAUCUCAUUUCUUUUCCAAGCCUUAUUGCCUGUGAAGAUCCAUGGUCAAAUAAUCUGAAGUAUUGGAGCAGAAGGAGAUUGUUUAGCCAAUCAUUUGGCAAUAAAUUACUUGCAAAUCUAAAAUGAAGGUGUUUGAUGAGUAUGAAAGGGUUGAAGUAGGAGAAUCAUUAAUCUGUCCAAGCUCAAUAAUAUCUCUGCAAUUCAGGAAGUGGAAAUAAUUGACGACUUCAAAGAAAGACCCUUUUGAGUCCUUUUCUUUGAUAAGGGUAAAGAUCCCCCCCUCAAUGCAGCAUUCCUUACCUGAGAAGCCAUCUAAAUUUUUCAGACCUCUUUUGGAUUGUUGGAUCACAUAAAUGCAACUCCUCUGCUUUUUAACCUAAUCCACAUCACCAUCAGAUGCAUGCCUACUGGGUUUUGAGCCUGGGCCAUUGAGGUGACAUGUGGCGAUGCUAUACCAUAUUCUGGUGACCAAGAUGGCUUUGAGUUUGUUUUUUUAAAAUUAGCUUCUAAAAGAUAGCUUCUUUUGUAUCACAGAAUUGAGGAUGAGAUUUGGUGUCCAUUGAAUGUGUGAAACCUGUGUGGGGAAGAACUUAAAGAUAGCCCCUGCUGCAAAGUCAGCUAAAGUGGUUUGUCAUCAAAAUAAUAGCUCAGGUUGGGAAAUACUGGAACAGAGUUUCAAAGAAAAGUGUGCAAUCAGGGUAUGAGUUGUGUGCCCUUCAACGGCAGAAACAAAUUUUCAAAACAAAAUUGCAGGCUAAUGCGUAGGAGUGCACAAUGUGGAGAAGGAAUGGAUUUUGUUUAAGCUAUGUUACCAGUUCGUUCUGCAAAACCCCUGGAUCUGGGUCCAGCUCAAACUAGGUUUGGAUUCCAUGCAGCUGUUCAUGGUCCUGCCAAAUGGACUUGGAUUUGGCUGGAUCCAUUGCAGGGCGAACCUAGGGGAAUGGGGUUCCAUUAUGCAGGCCCCAAACAGAACCCGGGAUGAGCUCAUCUGAAAAUUGCAGCUUUUAAAAAAAAGAAUGAUUCCUUCACAACUUUGCUCCAAUAUUUUUUUCCUCACAGCAAUGUUGUAAAUGGUGGCCAGGCUUGCCUUGGUCACCAUUGGGCAUGUCCUGAAGUAAUGCAACAAUGGCAUUCUUUGCCUCUAGAUUGCUUUCUUGAAGAACACAUUACAAGGUAAGCAAUGAUGCUGGACAAAGAGAGAAAAUCCAGGGCCUUGGAAGUCAAGGACGAAGUAUUGAUUCUUUCUCACAAAUCAAAAUCUCUGUAAAAAUUGCAUUGAGGUGGGUGGGAUCUAGAGGCACCUUGGGCAUAAGAAUUCAUUUGAUUCCUAGACCACUGUUGGUCACACCAAUCUUGAAUAAAUCAAUGGAAGGCAUGAUUUGGAAUUGUGUCAUGGGUGUGCAGAAGCUGGUUUGUGAUGGAGCGGACAAUAUUGCUGGAAUCUAGCCAGGCUACAAUGCAGUGGCAAUCAUAAGCAAGGUCUGUGCGGAGAGUUACAUAUCCUUCAUCAGCUCCAGCGACAUGGGGCACCUCAGAUAACUUGGCACUGUCACUUCAACAUCCAUUACCUUCACUGUCUCUAUAACCAAAUCCAGAUAUCUCAGAUAGCAGUUUUUUUUUCUGAUUUUAUUAUUAUAUUAAUAUUGAACAGUGAAUAUCUAUUAUGACAUUCAAGUUUGACUAAGUGCCAUUGAAAUAGUGUU